GUGCCCCACCUUAUGUAAUUGGUUCUAUGGAAUUAUGUCACUCCAUUUUUACCAAAGAAUGUCUGUCAUAUUUCCAAAAAUUUAAACUGUAAAAAUUAAAUGUUAUUAAUUUAUGUAAACUAACAAUUCACAAUAUUUAUCUUUUAUUUUUAUAUUUUUAUCUACCAUCAAGAUAACAAUAAUUUGAACUCAUAACAACAUAUACAAUGACUACUGAGGAAUCAGAAAUGAAUUUAGAGACAAUAGAUGCGACUCCAUCUACAAGCUUGAGAUCAGCAGAGGAACGGAGGAGAGAUCUUUUACAAAAAUUGUGGUCAAAAUAUCCCACAGUUGAAGAGGACCCAAGCUUUCCCUUUAAUCCGCCAUCGCAACCUUCUUCGGCGUCAAACUCGGAAACAAUUGAAGAACUUACACUUCAAACCCGAUUAGGAAACACUGAUUGGUGUCAAUGUGGUAAUUGUCUGGCUAUGCCCACAGGAAGAGAGUCUUUAUGCUGCAAAGAAAUCGCUAAUGUAAAAGAAAAUAUUGAAGAGGGUACAGUCUGUAUAACCCAAUCUCCCAUUUUUCAAAGUUCGGUUGUAAACAGACUGAAUACAACAGUAAUAUUGACUAUUCUACACCAAUCAACAUCGCAUGCACCAAAUGCAGAUGACAAUAGAAACUUGCGUAAAACGUCAUAUAAAUAUUUCACAUCCUGGAUACACGGUUAUCUCGGAAAAGGUAAUCGAAGACCCAUACCUUCCUGUGCAGUUCAUGCAGUAAGAACAGCUUUUCCUGAUCCCGAAGGCCUAUACGUUGGCUUUAAAUAUUCAAAUGACUACGACGCAGGGGAAAUGGCAUUUGAGUUUUAACAUUAAUAAACAUAUUUAAUCAAUGUUCUGAAAUAACUAAACCAAAUAAAGAAAAUAUAUUACCAUUUGUAAUGUUGUUUGAACAUAAGAUGUAUUAAAAAUUUAAAUUCUAAGAUAAAAAAUGUUUUUUUAAUUUUUUUUUUUAUUUUAAAAAAAAUAUUGUGUAAUAUAUAGUAUUAGA